AUGGCGACCACGAGCGAUAUUCGAGACAUCAUGAAUCUGGGCCAGGCCGGCCCUCGCCAGCCCGCUCCCAAGAAGAAGAAACACAGCGAGCCGCAAGUCCGUAUGACCGGCAUCAAUCGCGAGGUCCAGGCUCUCAUGGGCGACUCAGUCCCUCCCAUUGCUAUUGUCGAUCAAUCUCUCUACAAACCUCGACCCUCCCUCGCCCGAUCCUUCGUCCCCAGGCACUGGGAAGAGAAACAAUUCCAACACGGUGGGCGGGCAGAUGGACUUGUUCUAAAACAUUGGAAGCGUGCCAUUCCCGGUUCAAACCAACGACGUUCAGUGGUUCCCGAGUUAAACGCAUCAGCCGAUGUUGAGAUGAGCGAUGAUUCGAAGACCGCUCCAGCAGUCCAGGAAUAUCAAUUCGAGGAGGAAUAUCCCUCGCAUAAAUGGAACAUCGCUGUUAACAUCGCUUCCUAUACCGAUGAGCAGUAUGGAAACUUGCUGAAGUCUCAGGAAUGGACCAAGCAAGAGACCGAUUAUUUGAUGGAACUGUGCCGUGAUUUCGAUCUUCGCUGGCUCCUGAUUGCAGACCGCUAUGAUCCAAAAGAUAUACCGUCUCCCACUACAACCCUAGACACUGCCGCUCCGUCAGGCAACGAAUUGGCUAUAAAGCCUCAAUACCCAAACCGAUCGAUGGAGGCAUUGAAGUCAAGAUACUACGGUAUCGCCGCUAAAAUGCUUGAAAUCAACACUCCGGCAAGCACUAUGACCCAGACAGAGUUUCAACUUUGGGAGAAGAUGCGGAAUUUCGACAUGAAAACGGAGACGAUGCGCAAAGCGAUGGCCGAGAAGUUGUUCGAACGUACCAAAGAUGAGGCUGAUGAGGAAAGAAUACUUCUCGAGGAACUGCACCGCAUAACCAAGAAUGAAGAUGAUUUUAUCAAAAUGAGACGUGAUCUUUAUGCCAGACUCGAACCCGUUGCCCCAAUACGCAGAACUGAGCGGGGUGAAGAACAAUCCACUGCGAUGUACCAGACAUCCCAAGGGUUGUCCAUGCUAUUACAGUCUCUACUAGCGAAGGAAAAGAGAUUGAAACGUCCUCCAGUUCCAGGGAGUGCAGAAGCUGGCCCUGCUAAUGGUAUACCCGCCGAUUUCAAAAACCACGAGAAAGGAAGAAAUCCUAGUCAACAUCAUCGCCGGGACACUAUGGAGACAAUAGCUGAUGAUCAUGCGCCCGGUCCACAGAAGAAGGGUUCUACAUCCCAGCCGGUUGUCAGAGUUCUAACGCCCCAAGACGAAGCUCGAUUCGGAGUCUCGCAUCCUCAUGAACGGCUUACCAGCGGUGUACAGUUUCGACAUGAGAAGAUUAAUAGACUGACAAUGGCAAAAAGUCAAACUCAAACAACCAAGAUACAAGCUGCAUUGGCGGAACUAGGAAUUCCACCAAGACUCCUCAUGCCUACAGAGAGAGUGUGCCGGGAAUUCGAGAGGCUCACCGCUGAAAUUAACAUUCUCUUGGACACAAGAAAGGUCAAUGAGAAAAUUACGACAGAGAUCAAGAUCUUAGAAGAAGCUCGACGUAUCAGAUUGGGACAGUUAAAGGAGGGAGAGCGGGCCGCAACGGUUGCGACAUCCGAUGCUAUGGACGUCGAUUCAUCACAAGUUGUAGAAGAUUCGAAGCUCGAGAAUAUGCAAGUAGAAUCGCAGCUUGUUGCCGAAGAUGAUGAAGAUGCUGAAGGCGAAGAAGAUGUUCCUGAAGAGAACAAAGACGGUACUCCGAUUGACCAAAAUUUGGAGGACAAAACAAAACUCGAGAAUCAUGACGAUGCUAUGCAGCUGAAGGCCAACGCAAAUGCAGACGAGGACGAGGACGACGGCGACGAUGAUGAAGACGAAGAUGAAGCCUCUACAGCUGCCGUCAAACAAGUGGAAGCGGAUAGUGACGAGGACGAGGAUGAGGAAGAAGAUGAGGAAACAGGAGUGGUUGAGGAGCGGAUGAGGACGAAGAUGACGAUGCUGUAG